UGUAAUUUCAAGCUCUUUUCCAUUCUUAUACUCCUUUUUCCUCACUAGCUAGUUCCACUCAUUACUUCCAUCUCAAUAGUAUACAUCACUAACUUUCACAACAAUGGACCUCUUAUUCACAGCUUUAGCAUUUCUUCUCUCUAGCCUCAUCUUCUUCUUCACACGCAAAAACAAAUCUAGAAACCUCAAUCUUCCUCCAGGACCACCGGGUUGGCCGGUAGUCGGUAACCUUUUUCAAGUAGCUGGUUCUGGUAAGCAAUUUUUCGAAUACAUUAGAGAACUCAAACCAAAAUAUGGCUCCAUUUUCACACUCAAAAUGGGUGCUCGUACUAUGAUUAUUGUUAGCAGUGCUGACUUGGCUUACGAAGCUUUAAUCGAAAAGGGUCCGAUAUUUGCUACCCGUCCAAGUGAGAACCCGACCCGAACCAUUUUCAGUUGCAACAAGUUCAGUGUCAACGCAGCAAUUUACGGGCCACUUUGGCGAUCCCUUAGAAGAAAUAUGGUCCAAAAUAUGCUAAGUUCGAGUAGAGUGAAAGAGUUUCGUGAUUGUAGAGAAAUGGCAAUGGAUAAGUUGAUUGAAAGGAUUCAUGCAGAUGCUAAGGCCGAUAACGACGUCGUUUGGGUGCUGAAAAACGUGCGUUUCGCAGUGUUUUAUAUACUUUUGGCUAUGUGUUUUGGUAUUGAAAUGGAUGAGAAAAUGAUUGAAACCGUUGAUCAAAUGAUGAAGGAUGUGUUAAUUGAGCUUCUUCCAAGAAUAGAUGAUUAUCUUCCUAUAUUGAGCUUAUUUGUUGGGUAUAAACAACGUAAGAGAGUUCAAGAAGUUCGCAAGCAACAAAUUGAAACACUUGUCCCUUUGAUCGAGAAACGCCGUAGAGCUAUACAAAAUCCUGGGUCCGACAAGACUGCAGCCUCAUUUUCGUACCUAGACACUUUGUUCGAUGUGAAAAUUGAAGGUAGAAAAUCUGGACCGACAAAUCCGGAACUUGUAACCCUAUGUUCAGAAUUCUUGAACGGUGGGACCGACACAACUGCAACGGCAUUAGAGUGGGCCAUAGGGAGACUGAUCGAAAACCCAAGCAUACAAAAGAGAAUGUACGAAGAGAUUAGAAACAUAGUAGGUGAUAGAAAGGUUGAUGAGAAGGACAUGGAAAAGAUGCCUUACUUAAACGCCGUCGUAAAGGAGGUGUUACGUAAACAUCCUCCUACGUACUUUGUAUUGAGCCAUGCAGUAACGGAGCCAACAAAAUUGGGUGGGUAUGACAUACCCACGGAUGCUAAUGUGGAGUUUUUCUCACAUGGGAUUUCGCAUGACCCGAAUAUCUGGUCGAAUCCCGAGAAGUUCGACCCGGAUAGGUUUCUAUCCGGGCGGGAGGACGCUGAUAUAACAGGCGUGACAAGAGUGAAGAUGAUGCCAUUUGGUGUCGGGCGGAGAAUUUGCCCGGGUUUGGGUCUGGGAACGGUGCAUGUGAAUUUGAUGUUGGCCCGAAUGGUUCAAGAAUUUGAAUGGUCCGCUUACCCGGAAAAUAGUAAAGUGGAUUUUAGCGAGAAGUUGGUAUUUACUGUGGUGAUGAAAAAUCCUUUAAGAGCUAAGGUCAAGCCAAGAAUGUAAGUGGCGUAAUUCAUUAAGAUUAUAAGUUCAAAAAUAAGAUAAAAAAAAAUUCACGUGUAUUUCUUUUCAAAUAUUUCAUCUUUAUAUCCUAAUCUUGUGAAGCUUAUUUCUAUUUAUCGGCAUUUGUUUUUGAGUUGAUUUGUCAAUAAUGGAAUGUAGAGAAAAGAAUAAGAUAAAUGCCUUAUUAAAUCGA